AUGUCGUAUAAGCCGCGCGUGUAUUUCGGCGCGGGCGCAGACGCUCGCCGGUCGGACCGGUCCUGCUCUCCGCCCCCCUCGCGACCAGUUCUGCGACUUAUAUGGCGGAGGCUCUUGCUCGCAAAAAGUGCCACAGUCUCGCUGCAACCUCGCUCUGCUAUUUGUUUUGGUAAUCUCCGCGGAUCGCGGCCACUCGUAGAAAAACAGCGUGUGAAGUGUAUACAGUGUGUCAAGUGUCCAGUGUGUCAUGUAGUGUUGGCGGGAGAUGUCGCGCCGUCUCACAUCAUGCUCGCCGUUCGCCAUGCGAAGUACCUGGGUUCGUUCCCGGUGCCCGGCGGCGAGCCCGCGGCGCGCGGCGAUGCCGUCUCUGCGAACCUACAUCUCAUGAAAGAGAACGGGCGUGCGGUCCCCGUGCUGGUAGUAGUUGCGCUAUCGGGGGUUAAAGUAUGCGACCCCGACGACCAGAGUGUGCGUAUGCACCACGCGUUGCGGCGCAUCUCGUACGCGACUUGUGAGGCGGCGCGCGCGCUGUUUGCGCUGGUGGCGCGCGAGCCUCGCUCCGAGCCCCCACACCACUAUUGCCACGCUUUCCACACCGACACGCCCGAACAGCGUCUUCGUCGUGGAGUAAAGCACUUAGACUUGCGGUUCAAGUUUAUCGCGCAGACAGAGUCCCGCUGUCGUAGAAACUUGCUCCACUCACAGAAGCACUCUUGGAAGGGAUCAAUUGCGAAGAGUAUGGUCAUCAACCGUUCGUCCGGCUCGCAGAAAAGUUCGAUGUCUUAUAAAAUUAAAAAGAAAACGAGCAAUAUAUACGACACAGGUGCGCAGGCGCUCGCGUUUCCCAUUGUGCCUGCGCCACUUACCGUGAAGGCUUUAGUAGAGCUGAGAACAAGUUUGUUAGCAUCGUGCGGAGCCUGGCGACUCCGGCGCGCCCGGCUCCGGCCACUCACACACAUCAGUCGCGAGACAACCACGGGAAUGUGCGCACGCUACUCCGCACCACCUAAUAUUUGA